CACUUUAACCUGACGCGCGCCAUAUUGAGUGCCCAAAUUUUAGAAGCUCCGAGCAAAAUCACGUUUUUUGUUUUGUAGUAAGCCUUAACCAUGUCCAAUAAGCGCCAAAACGAGGUGCCCGUCGAGAAUAUGGCGGAUGAUACGUCGCUUGGGAGUAUUUCAGACGAUGAGAAGGCAAGAGGCGACCCGAACGUGUUUCUUUCCUACUUGCGCCAAGCGAAUGAGUAUCUGGAACAGAGAGUCAAGACUCUAGAGGCGCAGAGGGACAGGAUGUUGGCCCAGAAGUUGAAUUUGAUGUCACAAAUAACUAUGCAUCAGGUCUCUGAAACAACGAUCUUGACGAGCGUCCUCAAGCUACUAGACGAGUUGAACCAUCGUCUCCUUAACGAAUUUCAGAAGACUGAGAGACUGGAAGAUGACAAUCACAAGAAGAAUAGGGAGCGCUGCGAGCGUUUAAUUGAAGAGCUGAGGGCAUCCCAGCCGGGCACUUCCUUUGACAAGUACACCAUAAUGCCAUGCAGCGAGCUAGAGAAAGUGAUUGAGGUAAUGGAGCAUCAACUAGAUGGAAUACGUGCCAGGAAGUUUGUCGUAAACAAGGAGAUGCUCAAGGUCAAGAAGGAAUUUGACAAAGAAUAUGUUAACCUUCGCAAGGAUUAUGAUGCUCUGAGCGUAGUCGAAAGACAAGUUAUCGAAAUUGCUGAAAACUUACAGUUUGAACAGGCACUGCGCAACACCAAGAAGCCAACAAAAAAAAAUUAAUUCUUUUCAAUUAAUUCUUCAAUUAA